AUGGCCGAGUUUCAGACCAAAUUUCAUGCGUUUGACCGCAAAGACACAACAUACACUUCCGAUGAUCUCUCAAUAGGGGUCAGCGUGUUCGUACCANAGAGCGCAGAGAAGGGGAGAAUAUUGCCUGUACUUGUGAGGUGGCAUGGCGGAGCAUUGAUCAAUGGAGGCAGGGCUUAUGAGCCUUGGUUUCCUCGAUGUAAUGUGCCCUCUCUCCUCCAGGNNAUCGUCGAAUUAGCAGCCCUCCAUGGUGCCAUCAUUAUAGCUCCUGACUACCGUCUACUACCUGAAUCAUCUGGCCUUGACAUCCUGUCCGAUCUUCACAAUUUCUACGCCUGGCUGCAUGGUCAUCUUGCCUCCUUCGUAGCGACCUCGUUUCCACAACAAGCCGUAACACCAGAUCUCUCCAAUAUUCUCGUUACUGGCGAGUCAGCAGGUGGUUACAUGGCCGUUCAAUCUGUGCUACUCGGAGAAACCAAGGGUGUCAAAGCGGUCAUCCCACACUACCCAAUGAUCGACCUCAAAGACGCAUGGUAUAGUGAACCCGGCCGAAAAGUCAUCUGGGGCCAACCACCGCCAUCAUACCCAGACGGAUGGCUAGACCAGCAACUCGACAUUGCGAAGUCUGCAAAGCCAGUAACUGAACGUAUACCCAAGGAAGGAGAGCCAGAUGUGUUCGUCGCUUCAUUGCUGGAAGGACGCUACACGGAGAUUCUUGGCAGCGAAUCUCGUCUCUUCCCACUCGAAAACUUGAGAUCUUUGCAGCAGCGGGGUGGGUCUUUGACGCCAAUCUGGAUGUUCCAUGGAGACGGGGAUACCCUCAUACCAGUAGAUGGUACACUGAAAUUCGUACGAGAGGCUCAAGGGGGCGUUCAAGAGACAAUUGUCGAAGGGGCAGAGCAUGGCUUCGACAAUGAUAGCGUUACACUAGAUACAGAUUGGGUUAUGGAGGGAAGAGGAUGGCUGAAAACGUAUUGGCCCUAA